AUGACCUUCUACCAGCUUUCCGAUGCCGAAGGUGCCGAUAACUACUACAACCCUCUUCUCUUGUGGUGGUACGACUUCUGGGUCCAUUGGGUCAGCGCGCUCUUUGCCUGGAAGUGUUCGUCUAAGAACAUUCUCCUCCCUUUCUUCCUAUCCAACAUUGGAUCUCGACACUGUGAUGUUGGCGUGGGCACGGGCUACUAUCUCUCUGCCGUGCGGAAGCGCCAGCCGUCCUGGCCUCAAGACAAGCUGACGCUAGUGGACUUCCACAUCCGAUGUCUAAGGAAAGCUGCCAACCGUGUGGGGAUAGCGGAUCGUACGGAGUGUGUGCUGGCCAAUAUCCUGGAGCCCAUCCCCAUACAGCCUGAACGCCAGUUCGACUCCAUAUCCCUUAUGUAUGUCCUGCACUGUCUCCCGGGGGCUUCAAAGGACAAGGGGCGCGUGUUCGCCAACUUGAAGCCGCUCCUCAAGGACAGUGGUACCCUCUUCGGGUCUACGCUGUUGUGCCGUGGGGUUCGGCAGAACUGGUUCAAUUGGCUCCUGCAACGUAUCUACAAUGCUGUGGAUAUGUUUCAAAAUCGGGCAGACUUCCCAGAUGACUUUGUCCGUGCGCUGGAGGAGGAGUUCGAGGAGGUGGAGAGCGUGAUUAUUGGGACGGUCCUGAUGUUCAAGGCACGGAAGCCUCGUCGCUAG